GCACCAGGUGUGGCCACUAGCCUAUAUGAAGGCCCAAAAUUGUGUGUUCCUUUCUGCUCUGACAAUGGCAUGCCCAUUCGUGCGAGAUGUGGUGGAUGAAGAAGCACUUGUGCUGAGGAGAGCCUUCAGGCGAGAAAGGGUCUUCAGGGACCGGUUGGACCCACUGGCCUUCCCUGAUGACCAUCUAUAUGAAAGAUACAGGUUUUCUGCAGAUGGCAUCAGGUAUCUAUGCAGACUACUGGGUCCCAGGAUUAAGCACCGCACUGCACGGAGCCAUGCACUGAGUGUGGAGCAAAUGGUUUGUGUGGCCUUUGCGCUUUUUGCUAGUGGAGCCUUCCUGUACUCAGUGGGGGAUGCAGAACAGCUGAACAAGGCCACAAUUUGCCGCACAAUAAGGAGUGUGUGUCUGGCUAUCAAAGCAUUAGCAGAUGUCUUCAUCUCCUUCCCUGGCCACAGAAGACUCUGUGACAUCAAAGAGGAGUUCUAUAGGAUUGCAGGUUUCACCAAUGUCAUUGGUGCAGUGGACUGCACACACAUAAGGAUAAAAGCCCCCUCAGGUGCCCAUGAGGCCGAUUUUGUGAAUAGGAAAUCCUUUCACAGCAUUAAUGUUCAGAUGGUCUGCAAUGCUGACUGUGUGAUCAGCAAUGUUGUGGCAAAAUGGCCUGGCUCAGUCCAUGACUCCAGAAUCUUUCGGGCCUCUGAAAUCUAUCACAAGGUGAAUUCUCUGGUGUGUUGCUGGGAGACAGGGGUAUGGCUGCCAGCCUUUUCUCCUGACACCUUUCACAGACCCCAGGAAGCACAGCAGGCCUACAACCAUGCCCAUGCCAGGACCAGGGCCAGAGUUGAAAUGACCUUUGGCCUCCUGAAGGCACGCUUUCACUGCCUUCACAAAUUAAGGGUCAGCCCUGUUAGGGCAUGUGAUAUUACUGUGGCUUGUGCUGUCCUCCACAAUGUGGCCUGCCUGAGGAAGGAGAGGGCCCCAGAGUGCCACCAGCCAUGGACUGGGACAAUCCGGCAAUCUUCCCUGAUGACGACAGUGGUCGGCUGCUGAGGGACCAAUAUGUGUUGAAUUAUUUUAGUUAGUAUGUGUGCUUUCAAUUUUGGUUAAAUAUGUCCUGCGGUGGC